UGUGGCUGGGCUUAUAUAAUUAAUAUAACAUGCAUAUGUAAAAUUAAAUGACAAAUAUUGCAUUUGUAGAUUAUUUAUAUGGUACAAGUUUCCUUUGAACUACAAUCUCUACAUUAUUAACGAAGGUCUAUAGACGGUUAAUAAUGUACCACUCCCACACAUAGGAAAGUGGUAUCGUCUGCAAUUCCGUGUUGAAAUCCUCCAAGCUGAGCCGAAAAGCAAAUUUGAGUCGAGGACCUUUCAAGUGGAGAAAAGGCACAUAUUAUUGGAACAGUUAUAUCACAAUUUUUUUUUAUCUUACACUUGUACAGUUUAAGCAAUGUCUACUCCAGCACGAAGGCGACUCAUGAGGGAUUUUAAAAGACUUCAAGAGGAUCCUCCAGCCGGUGUUAGCGGUGCACCCUCAGAAAACAAUAUCAUGGUAUGGAAUGCAGUGAUAUUUGGACCAGAAGGAACUCCCUUUGAAGAUGGUACAUUUAAAUUGACAGUAGAAUUCACAGAAGAAUACCCAAACAAACCACCCACAGUUAGAUUCAUCUCAAAAAUGUUUCAUCCUAAUGUAUAUGCAGAUGGAAGCAUAUGUCUUGACAUCCUACAAAACCGUUGGAGUCCAACUUACGACGUGUCAUCAAUUCUUACCUCAAUCCAGUCUUUGCUUGAUGAACCAAACCCCAACAGUCCAGCUAACAGCCAAGCAGCUCAACUUUACCAGGAGAACAAACGGGAGUAUGAGAAGCGUGUGUCAGCUAUUGUCGAGCAGAGCUGGAGGGACAGCUGACCUUACACUGCAGAGCACAGGACUUUGUGUGGUUAUAGUUUAGUUGAGUGAAUUGUGAGGAAGUUUUUUUCUCUCUCUCUCUUUCUUUUUCCUCCCUCUGUAUCCCACACAACUCUCAUACUGUUAUAAUGCACUUUACUCAAAAUCCCUCCCUUUUUCCCUUGGAGAAAUUGUGCUCGGCCAAUAUCACCUGGUCAUUUUCUGUCCAAAAAGUGACUAUACAUUGUGUUAGCCUGGACUAUAUGAUGAUAUAUGCAAGGGCCAGUUUUUUUCAAGAAGAGGAAUCAAACACCUCUGAACGGACACGGUGCCGGUCUGCCAUCAUCGAAUUGUUCAUGCCUCAAUUGGAACUGACCUUCAAGUGAUCCUGCUAUGCUGUUUUUGUGUGUUCUGUUACAUGCCUGGAAGUGUGUGUGUGUGGUUUUUUUUUUUUUUUUUUUUUUUCUAUUCCAUGUGUUAUUGAAUGCCUCUUAUGUACUAUAUUAUAAUAAUACACUUUGAAUUUUGUGUACAGGAUCUGUGUAUGAUCAGUGUCUGUAUUCUUUAAUUUGCUUGUUUUUUGUUUCAAUAUGGUCAAAAAAAAAAUAAUGAAUCAAAAGAAAGAUAAUUGUAAAUACAUUGAAAGAGAAUGAAGAGUAAGGCAUAAUAGGGAUUUUUUUUCAAUGUCUAAAGAGCAGGAAGUAGUAAAUUAUUCAAAGAUG